CCUAUCUAUAUUUAUUACACAAGUCUUUUGUUGGUUUAGAAAUUUUGCGAAUUUAGUUGGCAGCUGUUGGUAUUUAGAUGCAGUUUUUAAAAAUUUACUGCUUGUUUUUGUAGGUACCAAACACUACACUGUUUAACACUGCACGUUUUCAGUCAAACUUGAAAGUUUAAACUAAACCAUCUUGGGAUCAGAAAUAACCCUUUACCAUGAAAUCCAAAAAAGCAAAGAAAGUAAAGAAGUCCUCAAGAUCAAAAAGAUCUCCAGAAAAAAAAUUAUCUGUUGUUUUGCCACCCUCAAACAAAAAAGGAAAAGGAGUUACUAGUCCUGCUAGAAAACCAAUCAAGAAAAGAAAGCUUUAUAGCAAAGAAGCCUUACAAGCAGCAUACAAAGCUGUAAAGGACAGUAGCAUAUCAGUUAAUGCAGCAGCUAAGCAAUAUGGUGUACCAUUAACCACACUAAGGGAUAGAGUUGAUGGAAGAAUUAGCAUUGAUACAACAAGACCAGGUCCACCAUUACUUUUAACACAAGAAGAAGAGUCAGAAAUCUCACAUUUUCUGCAUACUAUGGCCAAGUAUGGAUACCGCUACACUCGUUUGGAAUUGGCAGAAAUAGCAACAGAUCAAGCUGUUGAAAAGGGAAAGAGAAGUCCUAGAUCCAAUGGGCUUACCACAAAAUGGGUUGACAGUUUUAUUAACAGAUGGCCAUCUAUCAGAGAACUAAGUUACAAGUUUAAAAACAAGAUGGAUGCUGAGCACACAGUAAGGACUUACUUUGAUGAGAUAAAAAAGAUUAUAGAUCGAUACAAAUUGUUGGAGAAGAGUGACAAAAUCUAUAACAUUAUGGAAAUAGUUUUAACAACUGACCAUGGCCCAGCACCUUCAGUCUCAGGAAAAAGUGGACACCAGUUCAAAACGACAAAUUCAACCAACACAACACUAAUAGCUUGUGGGAGUGUAACUGGGAAAGUAAUUGCUCCCUUCUUUGUUUUUCAAGCUAGUAAAAUUCGUACUGAAAUGAUGAAAGGCUUACCGAGUAAUGUGAAUGCAGCAGUUUCAGAGAUUGGCCGGUGUACACCUCAGAUCUUUCGUAGGUAUCUGAAUGAACAUUUUCUGCCACAGACAAAUCGGUUGGACAAUGAACCUAUACUUGUGCUAAUGGAUGGCUCCAGAAGUCAUGUAUUUGUUGGAAUGAGUGAGUGGGGCCGAAGUAAUAAUGUCAUUUUUUCUUUCAUACCAGCUCACACAACCCAUCUCUUGCAGCCUAUUGAGGUAGAAUGUUCAGAAAUUUUACAAAAAAAGUAUGAAAGCUUAUGCCUCCGAUAUUUAAAAUCUUCUGGAGCACCUAAUGUGAGUAGAAAUAAUGUUGGUGAGUUGGCUUAUCAAGCAUACUCAAGAGUGAUGACAAAACAUGCUUUGAUGCAUUCAUUUAAAAAAUCUGGAGUUUUCCCAGACAUUUCCUCAGAUGAAAGUGGUGAUGAUAUGGAUACCUGUGAAGAAACUACUUACAAAGGUGGCAUGCUAAAAUCUGAUGAGAGUAUGGAGAAUCAAGAUGAAGUCAUAUUCACAGAAGAUUUGGUUGUUGGUCACAAUCAAGAAGUCACUGAGGAAGAAGUUGUGACUACUCAGGAAGUGGUUGUCUUGACAGAGGAUGGGUCUACAGAGGAAAUGGUUAUCACCCCUGAGGGACAUUUCAUGUUGGCUCAAAAUGGUGAUGUGAUAGUCUCUUCUGAUGGACAUUUAGUAAUACAUGAUGGAGAGCUGUUUGUCAACAGCAGUGAAGGUGGAUACUCUCACCUCGAGUCAGUUCAGCUGAUUCAGACUGUAAAUGGCAUGGAACAGAAUUCUCCUCUCAAGUCAGUUGAAUCAGAUAAACUAAGCCCAGUGAAGCCAUGCCUAAAUAUUAGUGAUGGAAAUAUAAUUGACACAUGCACUCUUGAUCUUGAUAGUAACUCUAAUCUAAACUCAACAGAUAAUGGAUUAGAAAGUUUAAAUUCAACAGACAAUGUAGGAGAUCAGAAUACAUCUGGUAGUAGUUUGUAUUCUUCUGUCAAUAGUAGUGUGGACAAUAGAACAGAAAAACACAGUGACAGUCUUAGUGAACUGGAUUCUUCUAGCACAGAUGGUGAAAGUGAUGUGAAUGAAAGUGUAAGACUUGUUAUCAAAGAGGAGAUAAGUGAUGAGGAUUUACAUAAACACAAAAAUUAAUCCCUAGAUUUCAUUUUUUGUGAUUUCUUAAAGAAUUGUAGAUUGUUUAUUUAUCUUAUUACUCAUUUUAUGAUUGCAUGUUUUAGGCAAAUAUUCCUUUAUAGUUAUAGCUGACUUGUUGAAUAAAAAAUGAUACUGGUA